AUGGCCCGCAGGCAGGCGCGGCCGGCGGGCGGCGGGCGCUGGCUGCCCUGGCUGGGGCUCGCCGUGCUGCCGCUGGCCGUGCCCCCCGCCGCCGCCCCCUCCGCCUGCCCCUCCGCCUGCCCCGCCGCCUGCUACUGCGUGGUCACCCCGGAGCUGCAGCAGUGCCGCUGCGAGCGGCUGGAGGAGCCCCCGAGGGAGCUGCCGGCCGCCGUGCACAACCUCAGCAUCGCCGGCAGCAACCUGAGCGUCCUGGCCCGCGCCGCCUUCGCCGGCCGCCCGCUGCGCGACCUCCGCCUGCUCCGCCUGCGCCACGACAACAUCCACACCAUCGAGGACAUGGCCCUGCAGGGCCUGCCCGCCCUGCGCACCCUCGACCUGAGCCACAACCCGCUGCUCUCGGUGGCCGCGGGCGCCUUCGCCGGGGCGCCGCUGCUGCGCACGCUGCAGCUGAACCAGGCGCUGCUGGCGGCCCCGCUCGAGGAGCAGCUCGCCCUGGCCAUGCGCAACCUCAGCCUGCGGCGCCUGGAGCUGGCGGGCAACGCGCUGCGGGCGCUGCCGGCCGCGCUGCUGCCGCCCGGCCUGGAGGAGCUGGACCUGCGCAACAACUCCCUGCAGCGCCUGGCGGCCGCCGAGCUGCGCAGCCUGGACGGGCCGGAGCUGCGGGGGCUGCGCCUGAGCCUGGCCGCCAACCCGCUGAGCUGCGACUGCGGCCUGCGGCCCUUCCUGGCCUGGCUGCGCGCCGCCGCCGCCCGCGUGCUCGACGCGCGGAGCCUGCGCUGCGCGGCGCCGCCGGGGCUGCGCGGCACGGUCCUGCUGCGCCUGCGGCCCGAGGCGCUGGCCUGCGCCCUGCGCGACGGCGGCGAGCCGGGCCAGCUGGAGACCGCCUCCUACGUCUUCUUCGGCAUCGUCCUGGCGCUCAUCGGCAUCGUCUUCCUCAUGGUGCUCUACCUGAACCGCCGCGGCAUCAAGCGCUGGCUGCACAACCUGCGCGAGGCGUGCCGCGACCAGAUGGAGGGCUACCACUACCGCUACGAGCAGGACGCGGACCCGCGCUGCGCCGGCACGCCGGGCCUCUGA